UCAAAAUACCAAUACUUUAAGGGCCCGUUGGGUAAUUGGCCUACUAUAAAACCCAAAUCCAAGCCCCAAAACUCGGUCGUGGAAAACCUCGGGACAGUCUGCCUUCGUUGAAAGCUGCUAGGGUUUUUUCAAUUCUUCGCCUCUCCUUAUUAUUAAGAUCCCUUUGAAGUUUGAACGAUGUCUCGUGUAUAUGUGGGAAACCUCAGUCCGCGGGUAACUGAGCGUGAUCUUGAAGAUGAGUUCCGUGCUUUUGGAGUGAUUAGAAGUGUAUGGGUUGCCCGGAGGCCUCCUGGUUAUGCUUUCAUCGACUUUGAUGACAGUAGGGAUGCAGAGGAUGCUAUACGUGAAUUGGAUGCAGGUAAGAAUGGCUGGAGAGUUGAGCUUUCUCAUAACUCAAGAGGAGGUGGUGGUGGACGAGGAGGAGGUCGUGGUGGUCGGUCUGGUGGUUCAGAUUUGAAGUGCUAUGAAUGUGGUGAGCCUGGUCAUUUUGCUCGAGAAUGCCGUUUGCGUGGUGGUUCAGGAAGACGUCGCAGUCGCAGCCCUCCCAGAUAUCGCAGAAGUCCUAGUUACGGUCGCAGGAGCUUUAGUCCGCGUGGGCGUUCACCUAGACGUCGCAGUGUGUCUCCUCGUGGACGCAGCUUUAGUAGGUCGCCGCCACCAUAUCGUGGACGAGAGGAGGUGCCAUAUGCCAAUGGCAAUGGCCUUAGGGAUCGGCGACGUAGCAGAAGUUGAAGAUUGCGUAUGUAUUAACUUGGCUGUCUUAAGUGGUACUUGCAUUGAGUGUAUGUAGUGUAUUUGGCUUCGCACAACUCUGUUUAAAUUGGGGAACGCCCUCAGCAUCUACUCUCUGAUUUGGUUAAGUUCCUUCCUUUCUUAUUUUGAGCUGGUUUUAUUUUUCAACGCAAAAUAGUUCGUAGGUAAAAGGAUUUUAAGGUAAUUACCAUAACUUUGCUUGAGAGAUUGUUCUGAAGAAUACUGCUAAAAGUCUAUGCUUUUUCUUUUUUCUG